AUCACCCUUUAACUCUCGGAUAUCCAAGUCCGACGACAAGGUCAUCUCCUAUAUGAGGAAAGGCCAUUUCAGUACAGAGGUACAAACAGACCAGCCAUUAGAGACAGAGCUCAAGUUCCGGAUACUUGCAAGACGAGCACCAAAGUGUGAGGAGGACGGACAUCAAGCAGAAGUUAAAUUCAAUUCCACACAUUUCAAGUCCGAUAUCGUCAUUUCCACUUUUCAUAUGGAUCAAAGAGCGUAAGCCGUUACUUUGCCGGAAUAUUUUAAUUCCGUCAACCGGAGUUCUUAUUCCUUACUUGUGUGGUGUGAGCUGUUACAAAUAAGGAGAACUGUUGCAAUAAGUUAGUCAUGUCUAUCGCUGAUCACCGCCGUUCCCAUUCAGAUGGAAAGCCCUGGCGACUAUGUCCGUUUUGGCAAUCUGGAACACCUUCUUCGUCGUUUUCAUCGACGCGGAAUCUUCAAUUUCAAAGUCAGAAAAGCCAUGAAAAUGGCGUCGAAUCAAACCGUCGGACUUCCAAUAAGGUAUCCUCGGUGGCGAAAUCGCUCCUACCAGCUAGGCGUAGACUCCGCCUUGAUCCGGCUAACAACCUUUAUUUUCCUUAUGAACCUGGUAAACAGGUGAGAAGUGCUGUUCGAAUCAAGAACCAUAGCAGCUCUCAUGUCGCUUUUAAGUUUCAAACUACUGCACCAAAGAGCUGUUACAUGCGACCUCCUGGUGGUAUUCUAGCACCUGGAGAAACCAUUAUUGCUACAGUUUUCAAGUUUGUUGAGCAACCUGAGAAAAACGAAAAACAACUAAACCAAAGGAGUAAAGUUAAGUUCAAGAUCAUGAGCCUCAAAGUGAAAGAAGGAACAGAUUAUGUGCCCGAAUUGUUUGAUGAACAAAAGGAUGAAGUAGUUGUUGAGCGAAUUUUACGUGUUAUCUUCUUGAAUGCAGAACGUCCUACCCCUGCAUUGGAAAAACUAAAACAUCAGUUGGCUGAAGCUGAAGCUGAAUUAGAGAUACGAAAAAAGCCUCAAGUGGACACAUCUCCAAAAGUUGUUGGCCAAGGGAUGGUUAUAGACGAGUGGAAAGAAAGAAGGGAGAAAUACCUUGCUCGACAACAGAUUUCCAUCUUCAAAAAAGCUCUCUCUCUCUACCUCAUAGUUUCAAGAAUUCGCAGAAAUGAAGCUUGUAGACAAAGCUUGCAUCAUCGUUACAUUGGGAGCUAUAAUAGGAAUACGCCAUCACUCAUUCAGAUCCAAAUCCCACACCUUUUGGCAACUACUUGCUCCACCGGUGUCCCAACUCAGCCUAUCUCUGGUGUCACAACACCCAUCCGGCAACAUCUCCGGCAGAGCAACAAAGAGUAG